AGUGGAAAGGGGAAGGGUUAAAAUAUUUCCCCUAAGAAAUGGGACACCACUACAACACUGUUAUACGUCAUCAUACGUUGUCGCUAGUUCCUAAUGUUACGUCAGAGGACUUGCGCCAAAGUUUAUCACGCAUUUCAAGAUGUCGCCGUCAGUCAUAGCAGUGUGGAUUGCAGCGAUUUUUUGGCAUUUGUCUUCAGCAAAUUUUGUGAGACGAAGGAGACGACGAUAUCUCCGCCACUUAAGUUUGCUUGUGGAUCGGGCUGGGGCUGAUGGUCCAGUAUCAUACUGCAGGCUAAACCAUAACGUGCCAAUUCUGCGGUUGUGGUUUGAUGAGGAGCUUGAAUUGAGGCAGGAUUUUCGCCUGAGCAGAAGAGCCAUGAAUGCUUUACAGGGACUUUUGCACAGAGAACAUGAUCAUGGCUGGGGUAAUCAGCUGGAAACUCUUAUUUAUGUUUACUGGCUGGCUCAUGGACUAUCAUACCGGGUAGUGUCCAGUGUUUUCGGUGUCCCAAAAGCAACAGUCCACCGUGUAAUCCACAAAGUGGCACAAAACAUAUGGGUCAAACUAAAGAAUGUCAUCUUCUUUCCACGACCAGAGGAGCUGCAAGCAGUGGGACAAGGAUUUGUUGAACUGUCAAGAACCCCUGCAUUUAAAAAUGUUGUUGGUGCAAUAGAUGGCACACACAUCAGGAUCAAACCCCCACGGCAGCACCAAAUAGACUAUUUAAACUACAAGGGCUAUUAUUCCAUCAGCAUGCAAGCAAUAUGUGAUUCCUGUGGACGGUUCCUAGAUAUAUUUGUUGGUUAUCCAGGGUCAGUUCAUGACGCACGUGUACUGAAAAACAGUUCAUUUUAUAGGGCACAACGGUAUCCCCCUACAGGGUACAUUAUACUGGGUGAUGGGGGCUAUCCAUGUUUAGACACCCCAGUCUGCUUGAUUACACCCUACAAAGAGCCAGUGAAUGGACAAAUCCAGGGGCGCUUUAAUUACCACCACUCAAGGGGACGCAGCAUAAUUGAAAGGGCUUUUGGCAUAAUGAAGACAAGAUGGAGGUCUACACUUUUUAAAGCUUUGGAAGUCAAACCAACAUUUGCACCCCAGGUCAUUGCUUCCUGUGCCUUUUUGCACAAUGUGUGUUUGGACAAUGGGGACCUGCUAGAACCUGAUGAUGACAUUUCAAGGGAAAUGUUUGACUCUGAACCUCCCCGGGAAGCUAUGGCACACACCGAAACCUCUGGGAAUGGUACAAGAGACGGAUUGGCUGCCCUAGUUUCAGGCAUUGUGCAGGACCCAUGAAAAUAAGCUACAUGUGUGUAAACAGUUAGAUUUUACAUUUGUUUGUACAGUACACAUCUUUUUUUUUUAUGUAUACAGUUAUAUACAUACACACUACGAGUCAAAGGUUUGGAUAAACUACUUUAUUCUCUUUAAUAGGA